UGCCUCUUGCUUAGCAUUGCUUUACAUUGUUAAAAACAUAUACAGUACUGAGUUCAUUAAUGUAUGGGGAUCCUGGCUCUAUGUGCCAAAUUUUAUUAAAUGAAGGACUAAUUAAAGCUUUAGCAGUUCAUGUGACUCACCUAUUGAGUUUAAAACAAAUAGUUUAUUUUAGAAUGCACCAGUUUUCUUUGUGUUGCAGGUCGAUACAGCUUGAAUCACAGGCAUCUUUUAAAGACAACCAUGUUUAUCAGAAACAUGGUGGUAGGAAUGCUUCUUAUCUGUUCUCUCUGGACAGAGACCACCACAGCCGGUUCCAGUUUUUUAAGUCCUGAACAACCAAAAUCUCAGCAGAGAAAAGUCUCCCCAAAACCUACAACAAAGUUCCAUCGCCGAGAUGCAGAAACAUUUUUGGAUGUUCAUGGAAGUGAGACUGAGAGGGACAACAAUGGAAUAGAAAUAAAGUUCACUGUUCCCUUUGAAAUUGGCAUGAAAAUCUCAGAAGAUCAGUACAAAGACUAUGGCCCAAUACUGGAGAAGCUUCUGGAAGACAUACUUGUUGAAGGCAAUAAAGAAAGCCAAGAAACAGAGUGAAAAAAAUUGAAAAUCAAGAUGGUGGAGUUAACAUAACAACUUUACAUUGAAACAAGUUUCAUGCUUUGAAUUCAACUGCUUCAAAUCUUACUUUAUGCUGACAUACCUAAUAAAUGCCUUUAUUACAGAAUGUU